UUUUUAAAAAAAAUAAUCGAAUAAUCAAAGUAUUUGUAUUCAAAAUUUCCCGCGAUUUCGAUUUGUGUGUGUUGCAUUGAUGUAACGGGAGUAACUCAGUCAGUUGCUUGUCAUUCGGUCGGUUGGUUGGUCUCUCGGUUUGUCCACGGUUGGUUGAAAAGAACAGCGCCGUGGUAAACAGCGUUCGAACGUUUACGAUUAGAACAAUAAAUUGAACGUAAGAAAUUAAAUACGAAUGAAAUAAAUUAACAGGAUAUUCAUCUUUGAUUAGUGAAAACGUGUUGUUGUUAUUAAUUUUAUAGGAGUUAAUGAAUUCUUAUCGUUGAAAGAACGCAAUUAUAAAUGGGGUGGGGGUGUGGUACGUUUCAAUGAUCGUACUACGUUGACCGACAUUAUGCGUAUACGUGAAGUUAGCCAUGCUGAAUAUGGUGUUUAAUGUGAACAAGAAGGGAAGAUAGUGUUCCGCCAUGACAGUAGUGGCAGAUUUAAGAGGACGAAGCUGUAAUUAAUCAUGCUCACUUAUAUGUGAUAUUAUAUCGUUGGAAUUGCGUUAAAUGUUUGUACCGUAAUGAACACUAUUUUAAAAAGUUUAACAAACUAUGGAUUUGUAUCUUCACAUACAGUUGCAUUAUGUCAUCAUCUAAUCUCAGAAUAUGAGAUUCUAAAAGAACGGUGAAUUAUUUACGAAGCCUAGUCAAAAGGAUCGUAAGGUAAAAUUAAUCGAUAAAAUGCCUCUACCAAAAAGAUUGGUGGAACCUGUUCACGUUGCGCGUGGGACAAUACCGGAUGAUUAUCCAUUGCCAUCGGAAUUAGAAGCUGUUACUAAUGGUACUUUGGCUAAUACCAUUAGACAACUUUCUAGCCUUUCACGGCAUGCCGAAGAUCUUUUUGCAGAGCUGACUAGAGAAGCUCAUGCGUUAAGUGAAAGGGCAAAUUCUUUGCAAGCUAGGAUAGAUCGAUUAGCUGUCAAAGUCACUCAACUUGAUAGCAAUGUCGAGGAAGUGUCACUACAAGAUAUACACAUGAGGAAAGCAUUUAAGAGCUCAAUUGUUUUUGAUCAACAAGUAGUUUCAAGAGAAUCGAUGCCAACGGCAAUGUUAGAGACUUAUCGUCAAUGCGACAUACCACCACCUUUAGAUAAGCUCAACAUUUAUAGAGAGGAUGGAAAAGAUGGAUUGAAGUUUUACACAGAUCCAAAUUAUUUCUUUGAUCUAUGGAGUCAAGAGAUGUUAAAAGAUACUGAAAAGAAAUUACAUGAUCGAGGGAAAAAGACUGAAACAGAAUAUGCCGAACCAUACAGAAAGCCUCAUAGACCACGGAACGAAGGUAGUAGUGGUGGAGGUAGACACAAGAAGCGCGUAAGACAGCCUCAUAAUACAAGGGAAAGGCAGAGACAAUUAGCGGUUGGUCAUGGGGAAUAUAUAAUGCCAACACAGGGGGUUCAAUAUAGAGCACCUCAUAACAUGACUGAUGAAGCGAUGAUGGGGAUGGUUGUGACCGAAUCAAGACCACCCAGACCAAACAGUAUUGAACUUAGACGAAGUUAUCCACCAGAGGAGCAACACUUGUAUAGCCCUUCUUCCUCUGAUCAUUACAGGGCAACAAAUUCUGUUUCUCAUGGUUACGAAGAAAACGUAUACGGUUCUCAUUAUGCUUCUGGUCAAGGCCAACAAGGUAGCGAAACUUAUCAAAGUCCAGGUGGACAAAGUACACCCAGUAGAAGUGGUAGAUCGCGACCUUCUCAACCACCUCCUGCUCCACCAAGCAAUACUUCUAGUAAUUCAACUCCCACGGUAGCCUCAGCUAAUAAUACUCCUACCAGAGGGAGAUCUAUGAGCACUGGUAGAGAUACGCUUCCACCACCUCCUCCUCCUCCAGGAGAAACGAUGUCUCCACCUUCUAUGAAUGGUUCAAUACCAUCUCAUUUAUUAAAUAGAAGUGGAAGUCGUCCAAACAGUCCGUUACCGAGUCAUCAUUCGACUCCUACUCCACCAAAUCACUCGGCACAAAUUGGUACAGACGAAACAGAUCCCGUCUCUCAAGACUUACCACCACCACCUCCAACACCUGACCCUACACCACCAAGGCCUAUUUCUCCGCCAUGUAAUAUUCCUCCUCCUCCUCCGCCACCACCUCCACCGCCAGCAAUUAAUGGUACAUCGCCACCAGUACCAUUGACGAACGGAGAUAUUGCCAAAAUGAUAGCCAUGUGUCCACCAAAAUUAAAACCAUUGAAAAGUAUCGAUGGACAAUUACGAAAGUCCGUCAAUCCGAAUAUUCCAUUGGUAGAUCCGAGGAAUGAUUUACUUAAAGCGAUAAGAGAUGGAAUUAAAUUAAGAAAAGUAGAAAAAAUCGAGCAGAAGGAAGUAGAACGUGUUAAUGCAUUGAACGAUGUUGCAUCCAUAUUGGCUCGUCGUGUUGCUGUCGAAUUUAGUGACAGUGAUUCAGCUUCGGAAAGCGAAUGCGACAGUGAAGGAUGGGGCGAACAAGAAACGAAUCUCACGUGACCCACCUCUUUUCCAUCUGCUGCCACUGUCUCCUAAAGAAAUGACCGAGGAGCUACCUUUUUAUUUUCUUGAUGAAUUUUAUUUGGAUCAUCUACAAUAAUCAGAAUUGUCGAAUUGAUCUACCCAAGUACAAGAUCAUAAAGUAAGCAUAAUGUUUAUUGAUAUUUCGUUUUUUUUUUAAUUUUUUUUUUUAAAUAAAACUUAUGCACGAGUGAAAUUAGAAAUCAUUUGAUAAUAUACUACGAGAACGUGAGAAAUUAAUAAAUAUGUCGUAUAUAAAAUUAACUCUAUUUGGGUGUGACGAACUUUGAUUUUAUCAUACGACUAAAAUUAUUCAUGUAGAAAUAAAAAACCAAAGAACCUUGCAUAUUCAUAGAUUAAUUUUUGUUUAUUUUUGUAUUUUGUAUGUUUUAAUCUUGCCACAGAUGUAAUUUAUGAAUUAAAAAGCGAUAUACAGUACAAUGAAAGAAUACUAUAGUUUUUUGUUUCAUAUUUUUUUUAUGACGAAGAUUAAAUUUUAUGAUUAAUUAACAAUAUAUAUAUAUAUAUAAUUGAUAGAACAGCAAGAAGGCUAGAUAAGAGACAAAGUUUAUAUUUAACAAUAUAACAUGAUCGCACACAUCGUGUUUUCUUAGGAUAUAUAGAAAUUCUAAAAUAAUAUAAAUAUUAAUUAAAUUAUUAAAGGAUUCAAUACCAGUAUAACUUGUACAUUUAAUAACUUUGAUCGUAUAUUCUUUGAAAUUACAAAUUAUAAAUUGAUUCUUACAUAUUAUUAUAAAAGGUAUCAAUAAAUAAUAAAAUAUAUUUUAUGAAUUUUUCAUUAUUUUGCACACACACAAUCGUCAUUUAUAAUCAUGAUAUGACGAUGUGAUUAAACCGAGUAAUAAAAUAUAUUUGUGUAUCCUAGAAAUAUAACGAUAUUGCAAAACUAUAUGUUUCAUUUUAUGCAAGGUUCCAACGUCACACGUACGAAUAAUUUUGGAUCAAAUGAUUUCAGAUGAUGUUAAUGUAUUAGUAAAGAUAACGAAGAAGACAUUCUUUGAAUUUACAAAAAAAAAA